AUGGAUACCAGCAAAAAGAUGCAACUGCUCAACAAAUUCUACGAUAUGGACAAGUCCGGCGACGGAUAUCUCAGUAAGGAUGAGCUGGAAGCGUGCAUGAAACAGUCUGGGCUCUCCUCCGAUAAAGUCAAGGUAUCUUCCUCUUGUUGCGAUACUUCUUCUGCAAUUUGUGUAAUGCAAGGCCUUGAAGUCCAAACUCCUUAAUAAGCCAAUGGAAACACGUUUUUUGCAAACUUUCAUUUGUUUCGCGUCCCGACAGGGUGUCUGUGCAGUAGAGUGUGAUGGUCCCAUUUUAAAACGUCCGCGGGAACGAAGGUGAGGGGGACAUGGGGCAGAAGAGAGGAGUACAUAGUGCAUUUCAAAAGCAUGGUUCAAAUAUCAGAUGCAAUCCUUUAAUGCUAUCCGACGCCAAAACAAGAAAGGUCAAUGUCAGGAUCAGGAGCUGACAAGCUCAGUGAAUGCCAUCAGGCUCUUUCACGGCAGUGCUUUCAUAUUCACUGGUCUAUCCCGCCUUACAAAAGGUGUUUUCUGUAUGUCUGAAUUCCCUGUUCACACAGAAGUUUUAAUGGCCCUUUCUAUCACAUAUUUUGUGUUGGGGCUGGCACUUCGUUUAAAAGUGCGCAUGUACGCCGUAGGUGUUUACGCUACGUAAGGCUGGAGACAGCGUAUUAGGAACAGCCAGGAAUACUGACAUAGAGCGAAUAAUCCAAGGAACUUUAGAGACAUCUGCGAUGGAAGGUUUCCUUUGUCGUUCGUAAUCAAGAGUGGGCCACCGGAAGUUGAAUUUGGGUAAUUAACGACCGUAAUUAAUGCUUGUACAGCUGCCUACUAUUGAAUUGUGUUCUUCGAGGGAAGAAUUUAAAUGUCAAUAAUUCACAACGAACUCGUAGCUUUAUAAUACUACAUUCUGAUGGUGGGACCCAAAAUAGUAAAAGGCAGCUUAAAAUUUCGGAGUAUUUACUACUUGUAGUUCGUCUUGUGAGAGACUUAAGAUGACCAGAUGCAGCUCAAUUUGACGGUAACUCUGAAAGUAUGCAGUGAAAUUGGCUAUUAUUCGGAAACAGGAAUACGCAAUACAUGUUUCACUGGUUCCAAUUUAGUCCUUGUUGUCAGUCCUCAUUUAAAGCAGUGUGAUACCUGGAGCGCGAGAUAGUACCUUAUGAAAAUACUUUUUCUCACGACACAGCUACUGAACCGACUAAAUGAAAGCAUUGUUGCCAAGAUCCAAAGUUUUUUGAUCUAUCGGACAUGCUGAAUAUGUAGAGUAAUGGAAGUGCAUAAUAUGCCGAUAAGCAGAUCUCCUUCCAAGAUGCCCGAACCCUCAGGGAUUGCACUCAGUUAAAGUGUUGAGUAGAUUGACAAAUUCCAAAUGGAACGGACGUUAUGCUAUUUCAACUAUGAAAUCAGGUUUUACUGUGUAGACAGAUAUUGUCUACAGAAUCGCAUCAGAUUUGUGCUUGCUGAGCUCUCUUGACUGCAGGACAUGAUACACGGGAUCAUCAACCUAGAGACUGGGCAGGUUUUGGCACAGCAAUGUGCAAUUAGUCAUUAAAAAUCGUCACUAACGAAGGCAAAGGGGACCGAAAUGUUCAUUUUUCGGGUUAUCCGUCAUCUCCAUCCUGCCCUUCGCAAACCUCUUGGCCGGAUGUUUAAUGACUAAAAUGCCCAUGCUCCAACACCAGGUCUUUCGGGCUUGCAGUCGAAACACACCUGUCUGGUGACGCAGCCAAGUUAACAACGUCCCAUUCUCGCCUGCCUUUGUCGAGAACGUUUGUCCAUUAUUAUGAUUAUCAUUAUUCGGUAAUUCUAUUUGACUUCCCGACUGUAUGACAACUCUAGCAUGUUGCGCACAAAAGAAUGCUUCCUUGUGGGUAAACUUUAGUCUAAGCUCCGUAAACAUUCCAUGUUACACUUGAAAAUUCAAGUUGGAAGACACGUGUUUUCGGUAGUUCUUCGUCAGGCCAGUACAGUCACACAAAGAAGUGAAAAUUUUCAAAAUUAGCAGUGUUUACAGGUGUCUAAGGGGCUAUUACGUCAUUAACACUCAUCUUCUCCACGCCGCUCGCAUGACGAGGUCGGCGGGUUUUGGUCCUCAGAGCUAGGGGAGGGGAGUAAGAGCGUCUUUGAGGGAUGUUCUUGGAUUGAGUGCACGGAGUACCCAUCACUGUAAUUAGGGAUUUGAGGUGGCAUGUCGUCAUCGCUUGAGGUUGGCGUAGGCCACGGUAGAGAGGGCGCUUGGGUCAGCGUUUUUUGAACUUUAAUCGGUGAAGUCCUUCAAAUAUUUAUCUCAAAUUCACGAAUUCGAUUGACUGUCUAUUCAUGCGACCCUCAUGCUGAGCAAGAGAAUUGUGAUUUCAAUUAAAAAGAAUAGUCUAUGAUUCGGAAAUAAAAGCAUUGUUUUCCGUUUGACAAUAGCAUUGGAAAAUUAACCGAAGUAACACAGGGCACAAACGUUACUACGCACAGGUUCGGAAGAAAGGGGAAAUACUAUGGGAUGCCUGAGAAAUAGGCCACUUGGCCAAAAGCCGUCCAAGACCUUUUUUGCGGAUCUGGCAACGAUAACGCUUGGGAAAAUUGCUUGAGUUGGCCGUUGGUUCAUUAAAUUUUUGCAUAUUUGGUCUCAGGACAGCAUUUGAGGCGUCAUUGCCAGCUAACACAUAACCGAGCUUAGGAAAAUAAACACUUUUAGACAGGUGUAAAACGACAGCCGGGAGCCGGCAUACCUGGAAUUGACAAUGAGGUCUGAGGGUGAAAUAAAAUUGCCAGAUAAGGGUGGACAGAGGGACUAAAAAUGUUGAUUAGCAUACCUUCUGAAUGAGGAACGGCCAAAUGUCGGAGGAAUGUAUGUCAGUGCUGAAAUUAUUUUACUUAUUCCAGGACCCACUCCGUAUCCAAAUUACAUGGCGAAGUAAUUCGCAAUCAACUGAUUCUCAGUCAAAACGCUUAUGACUUAACCACCAGUUGACAUCUUCCGCACAAAAUUGUGAUCGCUUUAAUCCAGGUAUUGUAGAUAUCGCAAAUUCGCUGGCCAAAGAUGUCUCCUUACGCUUGGAGAGUUCCAGAGGUAGCUCCUCAAUCUUCCAAAACAGCAGUAAGGAAAAUCAAGGCACAGUUGUUUUUAUUAUUUCGCAAGUUCUGUUCUCUGCCAUACUUAGCUUGACGCCACCGUUCAAGAUCAAAACGCGUCGUGGGCUUUAAUUGGUAAAGUUAGGAGCUCCAGCACGAUAAAUUAGGAACAAGUUGCCUAAUUUUCUGUCGUUUUGGAGAACGCUGCUACCAGUCUACUGUUAAGACGAUAUUACAAAGAAAUUAAGCGGAACAUGAAACAGUUUAUCGAAGUAGUCAACAUUGAGCUGAUGGACCCUUAUUAGACCUACCUCCUCGUCUUUACCGACGUCUUGGCGGCUUCCAAAACUACCUUUACUGUCAGUUACCACCUCCGCGGAGGGUGGUUGUGCAUCGUCGAUGAUUAUUAGGUCCGAUGAAUCCUCUGAUCCCGUCAAGCCAGCCGUGUGACAGGCUAACUCUGCUGAAUUUUCACAAAUUCACUGCAGCCAUUUCAUCCUGGUUUCCACUUGGGUAUUAGGACUUUUGCGGCUGGUGUUGAUACAGACACUAGCGAAAAUGUAAGUUCCAGGGGUCAGAUGCGAUCAAGGAGACACGAUAACCGCAGCAAUCAUUUUAUUUGCCUGACGUCUUGAGCUCAUCAUCAGAGAGAGCAUGGCGUAAAAUGUUUCUGGUGGGGAACUUGCUAAUGACAAGACAAGUGACGUACUUGAGUGAACGGGAAAACAAUAUCGCCUAAACUACAAUAACUUCAACAGGUGUCCAGAACGAAUGGCUACUCGUGAAACUUUUUCAACUGCUGCAUGCGCAAACGAGACAAGGAACCAAAUCUCAUCGACCCCAAAUUUUAUUGAGUACGUUAAGAACGUUGCGAAAGCCGCGAGUCGCCUUCUCACGUCAUUUGAAAUUAGGACUGUACGCAGACCAGAAGCAACCAUCAGGCGCCAGUCAAUGGGGCCGAAAAAGGCGCUGCCACGGUAUGAAACGCUAAAAGUAGUUUGUCGGAUAUAAGGCAGCUGUGGGCACACCAACUGCGUCCGAGGAGCUGCACGACAAACCGGGACGCGGACUGACAAGCAUGCAAAAGCAGAGGGAAGGAAUGACGCCAACUCCGCAGUUGCCGUAACUCAUACGACGGGCUCAGCCACACUUUGUAGUUCGACAGGGCUGAAAAUUCUCGCGAGAGGUGACAUUCAUGUGACCCGGGGGCUGCUGAAGUCACGGUUCUCCGACCUUCAGCGGUCUCAAUGACGCCAUCCCUCCGUGCUAAUACACCCCCGCAUUUAGCAGAAAAGUACACGUUCGUCCAAUUUUAUCCUUGAAGGAGGGGUAUAAUUUAGUUUUAACAAAGUUUUUAAUCAUGAGAUUUUUAAGACCGAUAACUGCCCGUUCAUAAAACAUCCUGUCAUAAUAUUGCUUGUAAAAUCUACAAUAUGGCUUAAAUCCACCGCUAAGUUGUAUGAACCCUAUAUAGUCUUCCCUUAAUACCGUAUGGAAGUGCAUCAUUCCCCGUACACAGACAACAUACAGCUUGUAGUUUGGAAACCCUCAAUGUAAAUGUAACGGCAGGUCGAUUUCAAAAUUAUUGGGGAAUUGGAAAAGUUUUUUAGAACCGAAUUAUACACUUCCUUAAAUACAGACUUUGAAGAAGACGUAACUUUCUACCAAACGAAAAAAAUGUAUAUUUUUUGCUCGUUUUCUUUGAAAUAUCAUUGAACUUAUAAGGGUGUGCAAAAUCAGUGAGAAAAAGGCAUACUACUUAGAUAGUCGUUUUAUACAGUGCGCAGAUUUGUAGGCGUCUGGGAAGAAGUUCGUUCAAAGGCCGGUAGCCUGAAGUAACUGCAUUACUAUGGGAUUGUGCUGCAUGGAGAUUAACAUUACAGCCCUGCCUAAGCAAUCUUUUCGGGUCGGAAACGCAUUUCGGGAUCUCAACUAACAGUUCGUGAGUUAGCACAUCCACUGUGGUUUAAAAACAACUACUAGGUUUUGGUAAACGCUAGAGUGUUUUUAGGUUGUAUCGGACGGUAAAGAAUGUAAGGCUUUGGUUUCUGGUUUAUGCCUGAAGAUGGGUCGACUUCCUUCGAGCCUACCAUUUCCUCCGUCAUUUUCUACGUAGAAGCGGAAGAAAAAUCGCCCAGUUUACGUCCAGUUACCUAGGCAAGUCUUUUGCCUUUGUGUCUGCACUGUGCAUAUUAAAUGCUUUAAUUGUAGAUAGUUGACCAGAGUCUCCGAAAAACAGCAGGUUUGUUUCCGAAGCCUAGGCUUUAGUUGGAGUCCAAGGCCACAGUGCACUCCUAUGCGUAGUCCUAUCACUCAAGGAAUCGGUGAUAACUAGCUUCGCAAAACACUCUCAGUCAACAGUCCAGAGGCCGUAAUCGUCUCAGCUGGAGUUUUCGUCCCAAUUUCGGUACGGGUUGGAGCACCGAGACGUUUAUGCGCUAACGGUGAACUAUGCUUUCUGUUUUUUUACAAAACAGCAGGUCUUAGUGCGCCGUAAAUGUUGUCAAUAACAAACCCGGCAACAUCGACUGAAGGCCUUUGACCUCCUUAAACAUUCUGUGACUCGCGAAAUUGAAAUUGCGCAAUGGGUCAGUCAACAAUGGAGUCUCAAAAAAAGUGCAGUCCUACUUGUGCAGUUUGUCGUCGACUGUGUGGAGACGCACACAGGGGUAAUUUCGUGCAGUCACGCAAUUGUGCUGACGUCGCUUAUUUCGUUGACGUACGAAUGGUUGACUUGUUAUGAGAGGGUGAUGCAUGUUCUCAGCGUUAACAACAGGGCGCUUCUUCCUUGCUAAUCCCCAUCCUGAUUGUAGCAACUCACCACUAAACUUACUGAACUUGCCAGUUAGCUUUUUCGCUCGCAGGCUUGAUGCAUCGGUCGCCACGCUGACAUGGUUAUCAUGCUGUGGAAACUAACAAGUAAUUAUUAAGCACAUUUCACUUCCAUCCUGUCUGUACUCCUCACAUCUAGCAUGAAGGUGCAACCGGCGGACAGUUGCGUCACCCACAGAAAAUUCAAGACAAACAAGGAGCUGGAGGGCACAGCCAUAAUGUGCUGUUAAACUCGCAUAAUCUUGGUGCUAUCAGUAUGCAACUGGAUAAUUCCAGUGUCUGUUUGAAGGCGUUCCUUCAGAUAUUUGGGACUUGUGCAAACAAAUUGGUGUCAGAAUUGUCAGUGCAGCAUAAUAAAUGUAAAAACCCAGAUCCUCUACUUAAUAUGGAAGUUUUGGAAUCUGUCUCACAGAAUCUGGUGGAUGACUUCCAGCUUACCUGCUGUUCGAGUGACCCGCUCACUGUUUAUUCCUGCAUGAUUGGGUACUACUUACAGUAGGUGGGCUAACUCAUGAAAUUUCAACAGAAAUUCCGAAAUGUGUUUUCAUUCCGAAAAGCUUAAUUAGGUAGGGUUGUAAAACUAGUCAGCCUGCAACAUAAUUCUAUAAUAUUUCAGUUACCUCAGGAUCCCGGCCUCCGAAUGAACUUCCUACCGGCUGCAUGCAAAAACUACACUCUGUAAAAAAUGACUACUUAUGUGGCAUGAUUUUUUCCCAUUGAUUUUCGAUGCCCCUAAAAGUCCAAUGAUAUUUCGUGGAAACAUGCAUAAAAACAUUCAUUUUUCGCUCAUUCGGUAGAAAACUACGUCUUCUAAUUUUAUAAUCGAAGUGGGGACACAGUUCGGUUUUAAAAAAGUUUCUUAUUGUGGGACUUUUAAAUACUGUGAAACGCCCGUUCAUAAAUCUUCAUGUCACUGCAUUUAUCAAUGUGGCUUGCAAAUUUAGCAAUAUGGAUCACAACCACGGCUAAAUUUUAUAAAUCUUAUAUGGUCCCCUUUAUUAUUGCAGAGAAAUGUGCGGUUUUCCGUACGAGGAAAUUAUACGGUUUGUAGUUUGGAAACCCUGAUUGCAAGUGUAACGGUAGAGCGGAUUCAAAAUUAUGAGGGAAUUGGAAAAGUUUUCGAAAACCGAAUUAUACCCUUCCUUCGAGUAUAAAAUUGGAAGAAAACGUAAUUUUCUAUCGAAUUAGCAAAAAAAUGAAUAGUUUUGUGCAUGUUUUCCAUGAAAUAUAAUUGAAUCUUUAAAGGCAUCAAAAAUUAAUGAAAAAAUGCAUGCUACUAAGUAGUCAUUUUUUACAGAGUGUAGUUCUUCCAUGCAGCCGGAAGGAAAUUCAUUUAAAAGCCGACAUCCCGAGCUAACUGAAAUAUUAUGGAAUUAUGUUGCAGGCUAACUAGUUUUACGACCCCACUUAAUUAAUCUUUUCGAAACGAAAACGCAUUUCGGAAUUUCGGUUGACAUUUCAUGAGUUAGCCCACCUACUGUAGUAUGCUGAUUUUCCAUCACGCUCAAAUUAAAUCCAAGCCUCGUCUUUUAGCCUCACUAACGACAGCCACGCGAUGACAACGAGUAGAGAGCAGAGUUUGUGGCCCAAGUGUCAACAAGAAAACACAACUGGCACUUGCCCGGAAGUUACUUACAAGCGUCGAAGGAACGACAUUAACUCUGGAAGAUUAAUUCACUCAGGUUCAAGAUUCAAAAAUGCUAAUAGGGGAUUAACUAUGUCAAAGACCAGUUCUCAUCCUAAAAAAAUCAGAAACCUGUAUUUUUUUAACUGCCGUGUUUCUGAUCUAUUAAUAGGCAUGUUGUUUGAGACCAUUUUCACAGAAAGUUAUUCAAAAACGCCGAAAAGACGAAUUAAACUCUGGAAAAGAAAUAUACUCAGGCGUCGAAAUCCAGAACUGCUAAUCAGAAAUUCGCUUUAAAUAGAAAAAGUUUUCAUCUUGAAAAAUCCAGAAACCUAUUCUUUAAAACUCUAAUGUUUUUGGAACUACUGGUGGAAAUGUUGUUUGAGGUCACUUUCAUAAUUCUUCCACGCCACUACUGAGAUUUGUCCCGAAAACCCUGCCUCUUUUGAAAUAUCUUUUAAACACCGGGACACCCUGCAAGAAGAGUCACGAAACUCGACAUACGUGAGAGCUCUUAUAUUCUACAGUUUCUAAAUAGUUACUUUUAUGUGAAUUCAUCCCCAUAUUUGAGUAAUUCUCAAUCAAAUACUAGUUUCCAUAAAAUGGUCACAAAAAGACGAACGUUGAACUAGAGAACAUUCUUAAUAUGUUGGCAAACUAUGCACAUCCUUGGGCAGCCGACUAAGGCCUCUGGAAAGUCAGCAGUCCCACGAAUUUGAAACGCAAAAUAUCUUUUGUUCUCAACCUUGACAUUAAUCUUCCUACUUAGGGAUGUUGUGGCUAUUUUGAUUAGUAUUGUUUAACUGAAUGCUCAUUUCGGCCUUCCGACCGACAAAUGAUAAUAACUCUCCUUAAUUUGCUUCAUUUUUUACUGAUACAUCCACAUCAUGUGACGGUCCAUCGCGUGAGCCAAUAGCGGGAGUUAAAAACGCAAAAUUUGGGAUUACAUGAGCCACCCUAGUUCUGAGUGUCGACGUUGUAAUUCGUCGACCAUGCCGCAACAGCGCUUCCUGGACUUAGUUAGUCUCCUUUGUUUCAUUGGUAGGGCACGAGAAUGAGUAUCUCGCGUAUUACAGGUGUCCUUGCGUUAGGUUUCAGAGGGUUACAGCUGGAGUUAGGAGGAUUGAGGUUAACGCCUGAGAACGGACAUGGAAUAGGUAGCCCCUGGAACUUGGCGCAGUGCCAUUUCUAAUAAGGGGCUACUUGUUUUCCGCGUCCAGUGAUCACCAAAAGUACAAAAAGGUCAGUAGUGAACGAAGAAACAUGCUUUUUUAUUUUGAGGCUCUCACAGUUUUUCACAAUCUUGCCCAAUUACAAUCGUUCCAAUAAAUAUCAUUAGAAGACUCUGGGUUCGUAUGGAUUCGCUCAUGUUAGGAGGUAGGUGGGUAAAUGCUCACAAACAAACUAGGUUUGCCCAAAAUGUUUGCCUUACGGUACUCACUAUCUUUUGGUGUGUUUAGGAAUUCCUCUCCCUGUUUGACGGAGACGGCGAUGGCAAAGUUUCCCUGGAUGAGUAUGAACACGCCCUCGGUCUAAAGGAUGUGCCACCAUCCACGUAUGUUCCUAUUUUAUUAGUUUAGUAAAUAAAACGUCGUCCAGGAAGAUGUCCUAUUACCUUUUGGCAGCUUGCAAUAAAUUUUGCUUAAGGUUAGAACACAAACGACAAGGAAGACUGCACGACAUUUGCAGUUAUCAGGUCUACUUCGAACAAUUACAGUCACCUCAGCCCCAAGAUUUGUCUUUUCUUUGUCUAAGGGAAAAUUUCAAUAUAACUCGAGUCUGCAGAAAACCAGUAAGUUAGGAUGCUCAUAAAAACCAACCUCUCCAGGUUGAUGGAACCUCAUGAAAUGGUCAACUCAUAUGUUGUCCUGGUCAGCGAGCACUCUCUUUUCAUCAUAUUGAAGUAGAGACUUUAGAAUACAUUCGUUCAUCAAAGGCCGUGGUGAUCAGUUUAAAAGUCCCGACGAGAUAUCGGAUCUUUGGCGGUCACAUACUGCAGCAUCAAAGACCGAGGGUCGCGUUUCCGACACCUGUUGGUUUUGUCAGGAACUUAGUCCAUCGGUCCCGUCCUCCUUAACUAUUAACUGAACUGCCUUGUCCGACUUUUGGACGAACUGAAGGCCAAAGCAUCCAAAAUGUUAUCUCGCCCAAAUCCCGCUCUUUUAUUAAGGACAUCGAGACGGCCAACCGAAGACGCAGAUGGAGGAAGUGCAUGAUAACCUCUAGCUCGUCUGUGGAACUGGCUUACCAACUGGGCCCAACCGGCGACGGUAUUUUAUGUGGCCCCACUGACAAAACAGAAAGAAAGGACGCCCGAUUUUUGCCCCAGAAGUGCAAAUUUGUCAUUUAGCAAUCAUCAGGACCUGCCAGCCCUCGAUAAGUACGACCAUGCAUCGCGAACGUUCAUUCUUGCGUCAUAAUUGGGAAAAGUGAGUCGAAAUGCGUUUUAGACAUAGUGCACGAUGUUGGGGACACACCAUGUGUUAUGUAGUCAAUAUAUCGUUUGUGCUUCUAGACAAGCACCUGGGAUGGCAGAUUUUCGACCUCAGCGUGUGCGUUGGUCGACAAUUUCAAGGCUGACAUGACAGUGACAGUCUGAGGGUCCUUCAUGUGCACUUUACAUUCUCAUUACGUCACUUAGCACCGUGUACAGUCACCUACGCACGAGAAGGAAGGGUGACGAACCCGACUAAUGGUUACCGACGACCCGGCCAGGGAUAAAAUGGAUUCCCAAUAGGGAUUAUGCUCUUCGUACAAAUUAACUUACUGCUUUAAGUAUUUUCCCCAGUGUUUGCUAAAACUUACAUUUUCGGGCCCUCACCUUCUUAAUAUUUAAAUACGUGUGAUAUAGGCAGAAUGACAUUACCGACAAAGACAAGGGAGACCAAAAUGGCCAUUUCUGGCUUAUUAGCCGUCGUCAGCCAGCUAUACCCAACCCCGAAAUGUGGAACACCCGAGGCUUGAACCCGCGACCUGUUAGUUAGAAGUCCGCGCCUCUAACCACUGGGCCACGAGCCCAUUGCCCUGUCGGUAUCGAUCGGCAUUAUACGAUGGUAGGGGGCGCUCGCAGAUCGUUCUUACGGCACUCACUCGUUCCGUAAGAACGAUCGGUGAGCACCCCCUACCAUUAAAUACGUGUUUUCGCGUGUGCAGGACGGUUGCAAGUUAACUGAUUUAGUUCUGAAAGCAUCACGUUAACGGCUCUUAGACGCAGGGUAGUUUGAUAAACAAAAUUUUUUGAGAACCGUCGUGGUUAAAAGGAGGUUUAUCUGCAUUCCAUAAAUUGCAAUAUUCAGAAAAAAAUGCAGUCUGACGCCCAGUGCCUCUGUACCUUGUGAUUACAAGAUCGCUGUUUCUUAGUUCGUCGCAACGAAUGUCCGAGGUCUAAUCUUGGUGCCACUGCAUAAACAACUACCGUUCACUUCAGACCUCACUAGCUUUCCUCUCCUUCCAUCCCUCUAGGCAAGACCAGUGGGUGGCGACAUUUCACGAGAUGGAUGCUGACAAUUCCGGUCAACUGACUGCCCAGGAAGUGUACGAGGGUCUAAAGAGGAGUGGUGUCACGUGCAGGCUGGAGGAUAUCAAGGACCUGAUCGCUUCAGUCGACGACGACGGCAGUCAAACUCUGAAUCUCAAAGAAUUCCUCAACUUAAUGCGUUUGCAGUAG